UUGUCAGCAAAAUAAAAUUCCCCAUGUUCCUGUGUCUCCAGUAAAAGUGUCUGGAGUGUUCAUUUCACUUAGCCUCAGCAGCAAGCGCUGGGAUUGCUAUUAGUUUCCAUUUUAUUUUCCAUGAGCAGAACUCUUCUGGGUGAACGGUUAAUCAAACAGGAAUGCCUCGUUGCUCCAUCCCUGAGGCACAACAUGCAGACAGACUCAACAACAACAACAACAGCAGCAAUAAACUGUGCUUUAGAGGGGGAUGGGAUGUUAUUACCUGAAGCUGCUGCAAGACUAACAGCUCUGCCCUAAACUUGCUCCAUUAUGCCUCUAAAUACAAGAAACCCCUGCAGUGUUACUGUUGGAGUUCUUUCAAAGAAGGUUAGGGUUUAUUUUUUUUUUUUGGUAAUAGAUUUAAGCUGAAGGUCUGGCUGAGGAUUCAGGAUAUUGAGGACAACAGGGCUGUCCUUGCUAAAUAUGCAACAUUCAUUUACCAAUAGUGUCCUUGUUCGGACAUAAUCAACCACCCUUUCCAGGUCCAACACAAGCUAUGUUAAAGAGAAAAAGUUAGCCAGCUGGACGUCACACUCCAUCUAGUGGUUCCUCUAUGCCAUGAAGUUCAUUUCGGAUUCAGAGAUAGAAAAUUACACUGGCCAACUGCAUACAAGAGAAGGCACUUACUGAGUUAAUAUGGAGAGUGGAGAGGGAGAUGGCUGUUGGAUUUGCAUUCGCAAUCUCUACGCCAUCCUCCCCUAGAUGAGCACCUGAGAUUCACAGAUCUCUUAAACCCUGCAUUUAUUCUCGUGUCCAGCUGUGUUCAUGCACACUCUCCAUGGCCAGUUCAACAUGGGUCUUUCAUAGCGGAAAGGGUAAGUCUGAUCAUGCAAUAUAUGCUGCCAUAAUUAUUUUUUUAAGGAUGCAUGCAAGUCAUUUCAUAGUCACCAAGAAGCAGGACAGAUUUAGGUGUUGCAAGAGAAAAUGAAUUUGCAUGAAUCUAUUAAUCUGACAAAGGAAAUGAUAAACAUAACAUGUCCUACUGCUACUGAUUAUUUGGCUAUUUUACUCCUACUGUGCAAUAUAAAGUGUACAUGCACACUUACAUUUCAUUUCUUUUCUUUUCUAGUUCCAAAUCUAGUUGUCAAAUACACCUGGCAAUGUAUAUUACAAGCAUUGUUGGCUCCUUGACAAAUUGGUUUUGUUCCUCUUGUGACUCACUCAGAUAAAAGCAUGUUUGAGUAUAACUGCACAUUUCAGAGAAACAGUAGAAUUCAAAUCUGACAAGGUCACCUCGGCUUGACUUCAUCCUACUAUCAGUUACUAAUAGCACUGAAGCUUGAUGCCUUUUUCAAGGGUACGAGGACAAAGCAGGGGAGUGGUCAUGUCCCAGUGGACCAUAACAAUGCCACAUUGAUCACACUCAUUGAUUUCCUGCUGUUUCAUUUCGAUCGCUGUCCAUACUACAGAAAUGUAUAGCCAGGGUAACAUGUACACGCUCACCUCAGCCAGAAGUUAGUGUGUGCAGCACAAACCCACACAAUCAGCUGUUUCCUAGGGGACGCCGAGGUCUUUGGGACUCGGAUGCAACUCAGACUGCACAAAAGCGACGCGUGCCUCCUAUAAAUCACGGACGGAGCAACCUGAGACGUGUUUGAGUCGGCUGACCUCUGGAUGGCUGUGCGGCUGUGUCAGCACAUAUGCAAAUGCUUCUGUAUACUGGGUGACUUGGCAGUAGAAAGGUACUGCGGCAGCUCAGGGCUCAGCAGGCAUGGAGCCUCUCAGCCUGCAGGUGCUGAUGAUUGUAGCAGGGAGCUUCUUGGGCUUCCAGUGGCUGUUCCACAGAGGUAGCCCUUGGGUGUCUGAGAAGCUCUGCGAAGGCUUCCUGAGGCUCAGCCCUACACAAAGGACAGAGUGGAACUCCAGGGCCGUCUCAACAGUGCAUGCCUUGGUUGUGGGACUUUUCUGUCUCUACAUAUAUAUCUUAGAUGAACCUAUCCAGAAAGACCCAGUCUGGGGAGAUGCCACUCUGGUGAAGCUAAAUGUGGCCGUUACCUCAGGCUACCUAAUCUCAGAUCUCUUUCUCAUGUUUACUUCAUGGGAGUCUAUAGGAGAGAAAUAUUUUGUCAUACAUCAUUUUGCUGCUCUCUAUGCAUACUACUAUGUGCUGAGUCUAGGGAUAUUGCCUUACUUUGCUAAUUUCCGCCUGCUUUCAGAAUUCUCCACCCCCUUUGUGAACCAGCGUUGGUUUUUUCACAUGUUGGGCUACCACAAACUUUCCAAACCGAGUCUGAUUAAUGGUGUCGCCAUGGCAUUUACAUUCUUUUUGGUGAGGAUUGCGGUCAUUCCAGGCUACUACAGCCAUAUGUACAUGGUCUUUGGUACGGAUGACUUCUACCGAUUACCGCUGGGGGGCCGCAGUGCCUGGGUUAUUUCCAGCAUGUCUUUGGAUGUUAUGAACAUCAUGUGGAUGCGCAGAAUCAUCCGUGGCUGUCUCAAAGUCCUUCGCUCGGCCUGGUUGAGAAAAACAGGAGCUGAGAUGGAAACUAGAAAGACAGACUGACAUGGACAUACAGACAGGAAAUGAACACAUCAGCACACAAACCUUCCAUCUCUUUCAUGUCCAACCUGAUGCUGGAGUGCUAAUGCUAUGUUUUGCUAUUCCUGCUGCUGUAAUGCUGUGGUAUCAUAGUUGUGAGAAACCAUUUAUUAUAUUAAUAAUGACUGACAUGAUGUCAUCUUCAAAUAUGGGCUCAGCUGGAGGAACUCAAUCACAGCGCUCCUUAACGUUUUAAGUUAUCAGGUGAUUAAGAGACAUGAGACUGAUCACAUGUACAAUCAGGAAAACAGUUUGUGGUUGCACUAUUUAUUAUAAAGCUGCUAUUAUGAACAACCAACUUGCCUUUAUGCAAUUAACAAAGCAACAGCACAUCUGAAUUUCCACAAACAUACACAGUGUGUGCCUGUAGACAAUUUUUUUGACAAUAUGGAGAGGGUUAUGCAAACAGAGGAAAUUGCCAUUAUAAAUGUAAUCGAAAUGUUAUAUGGGUGAAAGAUCCUUUGCAGCUCAGCAGUGCAGGAUGUCAUCCUCAAGAAACCGUGCAUGUCUAUGUAAUUAUUGCAUAUAUGGAGAACACUAUGUAUGGAGAGUAUAAUAUAUGUCUGGAAUGGAAAAUGUAUAAGGUGAAACAAUAAUGUUAUAUAAUAGUCUAUUAGUUUCUGAAAAUCUAUAACUUGAUGCAGCUGUGUAUGUAUAAGCUUUUUGCUUGUAGUAUGUGGUUGGCUGGAUUUGGAAUAAUUAGCCUAUAUAAGCUUCAAUAAGGUAAGGCUUUUCAGGUUAUUUAUUAUUAUUUACUUAAUAGUUAUUUAUGUGGUUAAAAUCAACAAUAUGAUUCUUGAAAAAUGUGUAUAAGCUUUUCCAACUGGAAUGAAUUUCUACAAAUUGUGAUGUCUGUGAUGUCAAAAAUGCUCAUGUGAGUGACCAGGGAUGCGUGUUUCUGUGGUGUAACAAUAAUGUUUAAUCUGAAUAAACAACUUCGUUUUAAUAUGUUAGUCCAUGAGGUUAUAAGAGAACAAUGCCAAAUCUCUUAUUUAAAUUUUUACUUACAGGGACAAUUUUACU